AUGGAGGAGAAUCGUGCGAUUGUGGACUCUCUCAGUAAGGCUUCCUGUUGGACCAUAAUAUCUGUUUUAAAAUCAUGAUACAUAUAUAAAUAUUUUAAUGGCACUUGACAGCAUCUGGGAUUCUCCUUCCCCACAGCUCACCUUGAAUCUACUGUUUUGUCUGCAAAUAUUUUUGCCCCACAGAUGUCCUUUUAAACCAUGACCAGGCUGGUCUGAGCUGCCCAGACCUUCUUGAAUGUAACCUUCCAUGUGUUGGCAGAAGUAGCGGCUUCUGUGAGGUUUUCUGCUUUUGCUUCUGUCACUUUCUUGUUGACCAAAGAGACAACUGACCUUGUAGAUGGAGGAGAUUCCAUGAUUAGGCCAAACAAGAUCCUUCCCGGAUGAUCCCAGGCUGUUUGAAUCUCAGGUUCCCAUCAAUCUGUGUGUCAAUGAGAGUCAACAAAGGCAGUGAACCUCGUAGUAAGGCCUUAGAUCUAACUCCCUUGAACUCUUCAUUGAUCACAAACAUUCAUUAGCAGUGCUCCAUAAUUUGAAUAAUUUGGGGCUCCAUUUCUUCCUGAGGCUCUAAUCUGUUUCUCUCUUUGAUGCAGGUGGUGAUGGAUUGAAAAUUAUGAACAAGGGAGACAUUCACAGAGUGGGGAAGGUGUAUAAAUAUUUGGAAUGUGGAGAGAGUUAUAGUCAGAGCUCCCAUUCCACUUCCCAUAAAAUAAAUUCCAUUGGGAAGAAUCGCUAUCAGUGCUUGGAAGGUGGUAAGACAUUUCGUCAGAAGAAAUGUCUCACUUUCCAUCCAAGAACUCACAGCAGGCAGAAACCAUAUCAGUGCAUGGAAUGCGGAAAGAGCUUCAGUCAGCGGUCCAAUCUCACGACCCAUCAAACCAUUCAUACAGGAGAGAAACCAUAUCAGUGUUUGGAAUGUGGAAAGAACUUCAGGAAGAAAGCUAAGCUUAUGGCUCAUCAAAGAAUUCAUACAGGAGAGAAACCAUAUCAGUGCAUGGAAUGCGGAAGGUGCUUCAGGCAAAGAGCACAUCUCACUUCCCACCAAAUACUUCACAGUGGGAAGAAACCCCAUCACUGUUUGGAAUGUGGAAAGAGCUUCAGUUACAGGCAUGUGCUCAAGGCCCAUCAAAGAAUUCAUACAGGGGAGAAACCAUAUCAGUGCUUGGAAUGUGGAAAGAGCUUCAGUCAAAGGGUUGCACUCACAGCCCAUCAAAUAAUUCAUACAGGAGAGAAACCAUAUCAGUGCUUGCAAUGUCAAAAGAGCUUCCGUCGGAGGUCCCAUCUCACUUCCCAUCAAAUAACUCACAGUGCGGGGAAAACCCAUAAGUGCUUGGAAUGUGGAAAGUGCUUUAAUCAGAGAUCCUAUCUCAAUUCCCAUCAGAAAAUCCAUAGAGGGGAGACUCCGUAUAAGUGCUUGGAAUGUGGAAGGAGCUUCAGUCACAGAGCUGUGUUUAAGGCCCAUCAAAGAAUUCACACAGGGGAAAAACCAUAUCAGUGCUCGGAAUGUGGAAAAAGCUUCAGUCAAAAGGCUGUGCUCACAGCCCAUCAAAGCAUUCACACAGGUGAAAAACUGUAUCAGUGCUCAGAAUGUGGAAAGAGCUUCAGUCAGAAAGCUAAGCUCAUGGCUCAUCAAGGAAUUCAUACAGGAGAGAGACCUCAUAAGUGCUUGGAAUGUGGAAAGAGCUUCAGGCAGAGGGGGCAUCUAAAGGGUCAUCAAAGCAUUCAUACAAAGGAAAAACCAUAUCAGUGCUUGGAAUGUGGAAAGAGCUUCAGGCGGAAGAAUAUUCUCACUUCCCAUCAAACAAUUCACACUGGGGUGAAACCAUAUCAGUGCUUGGAAUGCGGAAAGCACUUCAGUCAUAGGUCCCAUCUCACAUCUCACCAAAUAACUCACAGUGGAAAGAAACCCCAUCACUGUUUAGAAUGUGGAAAGAGCUUCGGUCACAGGGCUGUGCUUAAGGCCCAUCAAAGAAUUCAUACAGGAGAGAAACCCUAUAAGUGCUUGGAAUGUGAGAAGAGCUUCAGUCGGAAGGACCAUCUCACUUCCCAUCAAACAACUCACACUGGAGUAAAACCAUAUCUCUGCAUGAAAUGUGGAAAGACUUUUAGUCGGAAGGAUAGUCUCACUUCACAUGAAAGAAUUCACAAAAAAGAACAACCAUGUAAAAGCUUCAGAUGUGGAACGGACUUCAUUAAGGGAUCCCAGUUCACUUCCCAUCAAGUAACACACAGUGGUGAGAACCCGUACCAGUGCUUGGAAUGUGGGAAGAGCUUCAAAUGGAAGAGAAGUAUCAUUUGCCAUCAAAGCAUUCAUACAGGGCAGAAACCAUAUCAGUGCUGGGAAUGUGGGAAGAGCUUUUCCUGGAAGACAAAUCUCAUUUCCCAUCAGAGAAUUCAUACAGGGGGGGCACCAUAUCAGUGUUUGGAAUGUGGAAAAACAUUCAAUCAGAAGUAUACCCUUACUUCACAUGAAAGAAUUCACAGAGGGGAGGGAGGAUAUAAGUGCUUUGAAUGUGGAAGGAGUUUCAGUAGGGGCUCCCAGCUCUCUUCCCAUCAAAGAAUUCAUACAGGGGUGAGACCAUAUCAGUGCUUGGAAUGUGGGAAGAGCUUCAAUAGGAAAAAAAGUCUAACGUCUCAUCAAAUAACUCAUUCAAUGGAUGAACCCUAUCAGUGCUUGGAAUGUAGAAAGAGCUUCAAAUCAAAGAGAAGUCUCACUUUACAUCAGAGAAUUCAUACAGUGGUGAAACCAUAUCAGUGCCUGGAAUGUGGGAAGAGCUUCAGUCGGAAUGAACAUCUCACUUCCCAUAAAACAAUUCACAGUGAGGAGAGACCAUAUCAGUGCUUGGAAUGUGAGAAGAGCUUCAAAUCAAAGAGAAGUCUCACGUUACAUCAAAUAAUUCAUACAGGGGAGAAGCCACAUCAGUGCUUGGAAUGUGGAAAGAGCUUCAGUCGUAAGGAACAUCUCACUUCCCAUAAAACAAUUCACCGUGAGGAGAGACCAUAUCAGUGCUUAGAAUGUGGAAAGAGCUUCAAAUGGAAGAAAAGUUUCACAUUCCAUCAAAGAAUUCAUACAGGGGAGAAACCAUAUCAGUGCUUGGAAUGUGGGAAGAGCUUCAUGCAGAGGUCUAAGAUGACAAUCCAUCAAAGAACUCACUGCAAGGAGACUCAUAGCAUUUGA